AUGAAUUGCCAUUUGUUUCUUCUGUCUUUCAUCUAUAUAUUUACUAACAUCAACGCAGCUAGUGUUCACUAUCCAGUUAUAUUUAUUCCUGGUGAUGGUGGUUCUCAAAUUUGGGCACGAUUAAAUCGUACACUUCCUCCACCGCAUUUCUUUUGUUCACGCCAUUCAGAUUGGUUUGAAUUAUGGCUUGAUCUUCGUCUUAUUAUUCCUGAAGUAAUCGAUUGUUUCGUUGAUAAUAUGCGUUUACUGUACAAUGAAACAACAAAAAAAACAUCGAACUUAGAAGGCGUAGAAAUACAGAUUCCUGGUUUUGGAGAAACAUCAACUAUUGAAUAUUUUGAUGCGUCUGGCUUUUCUUAUUCAUCCUAUUUCGCACCGAUAGUACGCAGUCUCGUUACACUUGGUUAUACACGAGGUGUUAAUCUGCGUGGAGCUCCAUAUGACUUUCGUCGAGGUAUCGAUGAGCAAGAGGAAUUUUUUGUUAACUUUACUAAAUUAGUUCAAGAUACUUAUGAACUAAAUAAUCAAACUAAAGUUGUACUUGUAACACAUAGUAUGGGAGGUCCAUUUGCUUUGUAUUGGCUUCAUCGACAAACUGAAGAGUUUAAAACGAAAUAUAUUCGUUCAAUGGUUAAUAUUGCUGCACCUUGGGGUGGUGCUAUUAAAGCGCUUCGACUUAUGAUUAGCGGUGACAAUAUUGAUGUGUAUGUGGUUUCGCCUUUUCGUGUUCGUCCUUAUCAACGUUCAGCACCUUCAACUGCAUUUGUAAUGCCAAGUGUAAAUUUUUGGAAUAAAGAUGAAGUCGUUGUUGUUACACCACAACGUAAUUAUACUGUUAAUGAUUAUGAAGCACUCUUUAAUGAUAUUCAAUUUCCAACUGGCUAUGCUUAUUGGUUGAAUAAUAAAGAUUUAGUUCAAGAACAAGAUCCGCCUAAAAUUGAAUCACAUCAAAUCUAUGGUAGUCAGAUGCCAACGCCCGGAGUACUUUUAUAUGAUAAUCGUACUUUUCCUGAUCUACCACCAGUUGUAUUGCCCGAUAAUGGUGAUGGUACAGUUAACAUAAGAAGUUUACUUGGCUUUAAACAUUGGGAAAGUAAACAAAACGAAGAUAUACAUAGUUUAGAGAUACCUGGUGUUGAACAUUUAGCUAUUCUAAAGCAUCCAACAACGAUCAAUUAUGUUACUCAAGUAGUUACUGGCCAAUUUGAUAAAAACUAG